AAACAACGUUCGUCUGGUCUUCGUCUCUCUUUCUUCUCGCCCUCAGCGACGCGAAAAAACAGAUCUUGUACAUGCAGAGUUGCAAAGCUAAGGCCUUUUUCCUUUCUAUUUAGAUAUGUGCAGAGCUAAGGCCUUUAAACUGUAUUAUCAAGUCUUCUCUUUAAUAUAUCUUAUCGUCAUUCAAGCGAUCGAGCGUCUCCAUUUUGUAUUAUAAUUUGUUAAUCCGGGAUAUCUACGACGAUGGGCAGGGCUGGAUUGUUUCUGCUUCCUAUUCUAGGGUUUCUCUUCCCUGCUGUUCAAUCGCUUCGUUUCGAUCUACAAUCCGGUCACAGUAAGUGCAUCGCAGAAGAUAUCAAGAGCAACACCAUGUCGGUCGGGCAGUAUAACAUCAUUAAUCCAAACGAGGGGCACCCCUUGCCCGAUUCACACAAGGUUACCGUUCGAGUUACUUCCACUUACAACAACAAUUAUCAUUUUGGGGAGAAUGUGGAAUCUGGACAGUUUGCUUUUACUGCGGCCGAGGCCGGUGACCACAUGACAUGUUUUUGGGCUCCUGAGCACAAGCCCCCGAUUACAAUGACGGUUGAUUUCGAGUGGAAGAUCGGAAUUGCUGCCAAGGAUUGGCCUGACGUAGCUAACAAAGAGCAGCUCAAUGUGAUGGAAGUAGAGCUGACGAAGUUGGAAGACACUGUUGAAUCCAUUCAUGAGGAGAUGUUUUAUCUCCGUGAGAGGGAGGAGGAAAUACAAGAGCUGAACGGAAAAGCAAACUCCAAAAUGGAUUGGUUGACUAUUUUUUCACUCAUGGUGUGCUUAUUAGUGGCAGGCUUGCAAAUCUGGCAUUUGAAGUCCUUCUUUGGGAGGAAAAAGCUCCUUUAGAUCUGUUAUAAAUGGUUUUUACAAUUUUCCCUAUUUUUCCAAUGGUGAUAUAUCUUUUUGAUCAAUUGAAUAGGCCAGAAAAAAGCAGACAUUUAUAAUUUGAAAAUA